AACUGAAAUAAAACGCGUUCAAUCGUUUUGUUUUUCCUGUUUCGCUUCGUAUACAUAUUUUCGAGUGGAUUGCGGCAUCCAGUGUGUGUGCAAGCGCGUGUGUGUGCGACGCACCGCGUUUUAUCGGAUGUAUUCUUUCCAGUUUUUCUUGAUAAAAACUUGCUAGUAAGAAUGGAGAAGCCGGAUUUUAUUGCGAACGAUGUGAUUGAUGGCGUGUGGUCGUUUUUGCAAAGUAUUGAAUGGAGGGAUCCAUGGUUUGCACUUUUAUUAACUUUUCAUGUUGCUGUCACAAUGACAGCACUGAUGACACGAAAUCAUGCUAAUUUCCAGAUAAUUCUAUUUCUUGCACUGCUACUCCUUGUAUACUUUUCUGAAAGUAUCAAUGAAAUGGCUGCUACAAAUUGGAUGGUGUUCUCCAAGCAGCAAUACUUUGAUUCUAAAGGACUGUUCAUAUCUAUUGUCUUUUCCGUGCCCAUCCUAAUAAAUUGUAUGAUUAUGGUGGCAAGCUGGCUUUAUCAAUCCAGCCAACUGAUGACUAGUUUGAAGAAAGCCCAGCUACGAGAACAGGCAAAGAACCGACGAACUGAUGGCGAAUCAACAACGACAAAUGGAAAAUCCGCUAGACAAAAGCAAGAGUAACUGAAAAUAUCUAGUCACAUGAUCGAGAGCGAUUAAUAUUACAUACGCAUUAUACACUAUCGUACUAUGAGGUGAUAGUCUACGAUCUACAGAGCCUAAAGAAAGAAGAUAAGAGGUACGAGGUGAAACAUGUUAAUAGAUAAAGACGUGCGAAUUUAUUGCCACUCGGCAACUUGAUAUUCAUACGCAUAUAUAUGCAAGUUUAUGUACCAAGGACGCAAUGCUUUUAUUCGGCUAAUGCAAUUCCGUUAAUUCAUCAAUAAGUUUUAAAAGCUACUCAUUGGAUUAAUCAAAAUAUCGACACAUAUCUGUCACACUGUAUUCAUGGAGUCAUAACAAUUUUACGUCAUCCAACAUUUUUGAAAAUAAUGUAAGCAUUUAUGUUUCGGCGGUUACGUCACUAGCGGUUCCAACCGUGGCAAUACGAAGUGCUAACCACAUCUCGAAUUUAUCUGCUUCUCUCGGCAUUGAAUAAAUUUAUCGUUGACCUUCAAAGUAGUGCGAGAAAGUUAGAGCGAUGAAGGAUCUCCAAUGAUUGUAUUACUAUUAUCAUUUAUUUUUUAAAUUGGAAGAUGAUGUUUUUCAAGACGUAUUGUUUUGCUUAACGCUACAUUCCUGCGGCGUUUUUUUUUUCUUUUCUAUUCUACUCUACUAAUUCUACUUCUUACACGUUCGUCCAUUAUACAAGCCACCAAGGAGAUAUUAGUAAACAGGACCAGCCUCAUGGAAUUUUGUAUAGACGGUUAAUUAAGCAGGGUGAACACAGGAUAUAUGCUGGAAUCGGUAUAGAAAUUUUGGAGAGGGUUGAAAUGCCACAAAGUUCGUGUAGACACAGAAUUCUAAGGGGCUGGACCUCUAUGCAAUAUCUCAUCGGUGCACAGGAACAGGAUGAAAACCCCUUUAAUUAUAGUCAUUAUAGUAUAAAGUACUUAUUGCAACGUCAUCACAUAUAUGAAUACUGCGUGCUCGUAUACUGCAGUAAUUAUUGAAAAAAAAUCAUAUCUUACUCAUUUCUAAUAUAUUUUUUUCUUGUCAUCAUAAUUUACCGAAUCAAAAGUGCACGUGAAGUUUUUCACGUAUCACGUAUACACAGUGCUUUAGUAUUUUUGCCAUUAUACAGAUGCGCAUUUUUUUCUCUUGCCACUCGAAACUAUGUGGUUAAUGAUUUUAAUUAAUGCAUAAUAAAGUAUUUGUGUAUAAGA